CCCAAUUCAUACCAUACCACCCCAUCCCAUCCCUCCCCAGACUCAAACCAAACAUACCCUCCCAUCAAAACAAUUCAUCAUGCCCCACCUCUUCCUCACCGGCGGCAGCGGCUACAUCGGCAGCGUCCUCACCACCCACGCCCUAUCCAAGAACUACACCGUGCACAGCCUCUCCCGGACCCCCACCAGCGACAUAAAAAUCCGCUCUCUCGGCGCGGUCCCGAUCCGGGGGGACCUCGGCAGCCUGGAUAUCCUGCGCACGCAAGCCCAACAGGCAGAUAUAGUGAUCCACCUCGCGGACCCGAUGUCCGGUAACUAUGCCCUGCCGUACACGGAACGGAUCGCGAUCGACGAUGCCGCGGUUAGGGCCAUUGCGGACGGGAUGGCAGGGAGGAGUGAUACCCAGCGCAAAACGCUAGUCGUGACGUCCGGGUCAUUGGUGGUGGCCGCGACGGGACAGGAAACCGACGAAACGAGUGCGUUAUGGGAGACGCCGCUGAACGAGCGGAUUGAGUCGGAGAGGAGGAAUUUGGGGGUGAGAGGGCGGGGAGUGAGGGUUUGUGUGGUGCGGUUGGCGCCGUGGGUGUAUGGGGGUGGGGGAGAGAGCGGGGUGGGGUUGUUUAUGAGGAUGUUUAUGGGGAUGGGGGAGGUGCUGGUUAUUGGGGAUGGAGGGGGGAGGACGGCGGCGGUGCAUGUGGAGGAUGCGGCGAGGUUGUUUUUGUUGGUGGCGGAGCGGGCGGAGGAUGGGGAGGUGUUUAAUGGGUGUGCGGAGUGGGGAGUCACGUUUGGGGAGUUGGGGAGGGCGAUGGCGGAGGUGUUGGGGGUGAGGGUUGGGGUUGUGGGUGUUGAGGAGGCCGUGGAGAGGUGGGGGUUUUUGGGCAGGUUUUGGAGUACGGAGAAUAGGGCGUCGGGGGGGAAGGCCAUGAGGGUGUUGGGGUGGAAGCCGGAGAGGGUGGGUAUCUUGGAGGAUGUGAGGAGGGGGUCGUAUGUGGAGUUGGCGGAGAGGUUGAAGAGGGGGGAGGCGUGAGGUGUGAAGUAUUGGACUGGGGAUAGAGCAGAUGGGUUAUUUGCUGACCUGAGUAGUCAGGGAUUUGGUUUUUUACUCUCUUUUUAUACAUCACCGAUUCCAUUAGACCAUAUGGGCAUUGGAUUCCAGAUCAUGUCCUAUAUCUAAUUCAGUAUUAAGCCACCCGGUCUUCGCGAUAUGCAACAAUCUGCACAGG